UUUUAAUUUAAGUACGGUUAUUACUUCUACUGACCCUACAUGUUUUACUGAGGCUAAUAAACACUUAACAUGGCGAGAGCAGUGGCGGAUCUAUGUUUCAGAUUAUGGGUGUUCAUAUAUUUUCUAUAAAUAAAAUUUGAAAAGGAAAUAAAUAAUUAAAUUAAAUUUAUACAUGUAUAUUAGGUUAUAUUUUACAAUUUUAGGUGUUCAUGAGAACACUUUUGCACCAACAUAGCUCCGCCACUAGGCGAGAGGCAAUGGAUGAUGAAUUUAAUGCACUUAUUAAUAAUAAUACUUGGGAAUUGGUGCCCUUUGACAGAACUAAGAAUAUUGUUGGGUGUAAGUGGAUUUAUAAAACCAAAUAUCAUUCUGAUGGGUCCAUAGAACGCCAUAAAGCAAGAUUAGUUGCACAAGGUUUUAAUCAACAAGCAGGUAUUGAUUUUUCUGACACCUUUAGUCAUGUUGUUAAACCCACCACUGUUCGUAUUGUUCUUACUCUUGCUGUUUCUUUUGGGUGGGCUAUACGACAACUUGAUGUUAAAAAUGCAUUCUUACAUGGUCAUUUAACAGAAGUGGUUUACAUGCGUCAACCCCGUGGAUUUGUUCAUCCUCAAUUUCCCAAUCAUAUAUGUCGUUUGCGAAAGGCCAUUUAUGGCCUGAAGCAAGCUCCACGGGCAUGAUUUCAUAGAUUCAGUAGUUUUCUUCUGCAGCAUAAUUUUGUGUAGUAAAUCGAACAAUUCCUUAUUCAUUUAUCGCCAUAAUAGUACUAUUAUCUAUUUAUUAUUAUAUGUAGAUAAUAUUAUUAUUACUGGCAACUCUGAGUCCGUUAUUACUCAAUUUAUUUCCACUAUUUCCAAAACGUUUGCUUUGAAAGAUUUGGGGAAUUUACAUUAUUUCUUGGGUGUUGAGGCUACACGUUCUACUAAAGGCUUGUUUCUGUCUCAAAAUAAAUAUGUUUUUGAUCUUUUAGCCAGAUUUCAUCUUCACACAGUAAAGCCUGUUCGUACACCUCUGGCUUCUCGUACUACUCUGUCUCUCUCUGAUGGUGAUUUACUUUCGAACUCUACUGAGUAUCGUAGCAUGGUUGUCAAAAGAAUUUUCACGUACUUACAAGGCACGCGUGAUCAUGGCUUAUGGCUUCAGCAGUCUGAUCGGCCUACUUGUGUUGGGGCAUAUCCGGAUGCUGAUUGGGCUGGGUGUCCUGAUAGCUCGAGAUCCACUACCGGUUUUGCAGUUUUCUUGGGUCCUAAUUUAAUUUCUUGGAAAACCAAAAAGCAGCCUACGGUGUCCAAGUCGUCUACUGAAGCAGAAUAUCGUGCUAUAGCUUACACUGUGCAAGACACGCUUCAUAUUCGGUCUGUUCCUUUUUAGCUCGGCUAUCCAAUCACGGAACCAGUCCAUUUAUUGUGUGAUAAUAUUUAUGCUUCCUAUUUGACUGCAAAUCCAGUUCAGCAUGCCAGAAGUAAACACAUUCAGAUUGAUUAUCACUUUGUUCGUGAACGUGUUGCUCAUGGGGAUCUUAUUGUUCAGCAUGUUCCUACUCAUCUACAGUUGGCAGAUAUCUUUACUAAAAGUCUCCCUAGUCAACGUUUCCAUUUUUUAAAAGACAACCUGCACGUUGUUUCUCCCGCACAGAUUGAGGGGGUGUAAUAGAAUUCCUAAUAGGGUUAUAAGUGUAAUUUACAUUAAACUCUACUAGUAUAAAUAUAUCUGCCAGGGCUCCUUAGGGAGUAACCUUUUCCAUUAUUUCACAAUAAGUUCUUCCUUCCCUCCAAUAGGCAAAUCAAAGUCUAAUAUACCCCUCUCUUUAGGCGAAAACCUAGGGUAGUAGACUUCUGUGAAUUCAGCUCUGCUAUGUCCGCUUCGAUUUUCAGCCCUCUGUUAUGCGAAAGGUGAACGCACGACUCAUGGCGUGGGGAAGGCGGGAAGAUAAAAGACAUACAGAUGGAGAAGAGAGGUAACGAACAUAUACAAUAGAAUAAAGGGUUAAACGGUGUUAUGCUAAAACAAAGUUCCGUCUGGUUUAUUAUACAUAGUAUUUAUGUGGCCCUCAUGGGAGGUUUAGAUUAAUUGUGUAAAAGUGUGAAGUAGGGUUUUAUUUUUGUUUAAUAAGUGAAAGUAGGGAUUAAUCUUAUCAAUUUCGC